UCCUUCUUUCAUCAAACACUUUCAUUCUCAUUCAUUUGACCUUUCCAAAGGGUAACUCUCUCUUUCUUUCUCAUUCUCCACACCACCUUCCUAUAUAUACCUUCAACCAUUUUCUCUUCUUCCUCACACUUUUCACGAGUCUUGGAUUCUUGGUCUGCUCCAUUUCACAAAAUGCCACAUAGAAAAGGUUGCAGUGUUUUUAAUGACCCUUGUUUUGUUGCCAAGAAAUUCUUGGCAAGACCUCAGCAUGAGGGAGUUGGAGCUGUUGUUAGAAGAAGCAUAGGAAGGUUUGAGCUCAAGUACUUUGAUCCCUUCCUUAUGCUGGAUGAAUUCUCAGUUACUGCUCCUGCUGGUUUUCCUGAUCAUCCUCAUAGAGGCUUUGAGACAGUCACAUACAUGUUGCAGGGAGCUAUCACGCAUGAAGAUUUUGAAGGACAUAAAGGGACUAUAGAAGCUGGUGACUUGCAAUGGAUGACUGCUGGGAGAGGGAUUGUGCACUCAGAAAUGCCUGUUGCACAAGGAACACAAAAGGGUCUUCAAUUGUGGAUCAACCUUGCUUCCAAAUAUAAAAUGAUUGAACCAAGGUAUCAAGAGGUGUUGAGUAAGGACAUAGCAGAAGCUGAGGAUGAUGAUGGUGUGAAGGUUAGAGUUAUAGCUGGGGAAUCACUGGGGAUAAAGUCUCCAAUCUACACAAUGACUCCAACCAUGUUCUUGGAUUUCUCUCUCAAACCUGGAGGACACUUGCAGCAACCUAUACCAGAAACUUGGAAUGCUUUUGUGUAUAUAUUGGAAGGAGAGGGUAUCUUUGGAAACAUGAAAUCUCAACCUUCAAAUUCUCACCAUAUUCUUCUUCUUGGCCAUGGUGAUGGUCUAGAGGCAUGGAACAAAUCUUCUAAGCUCCUUAGGUUCAUAUUGGUUGGAGGAGAGCCUUUGGGGGAACCUUUAGUGCAAUUUGGACCCUUUGUGAUGAACACUCAAGAGGAGAUUGACCAAACCAUUAAUGAUUUUGAGAAGUUUGCUAAUGGAUUUGAGAAAGCAAGAGAUUGGAGAUCUGAAAAGGAUAUGAAUUAAUCUUUAUUAUAUUAGCAUUAGUCAUUAGUCGGUUUGCAUAACAAGGAGUGAGGAUAAAUUAACAUUGCAAUCCUUCGUACAUGCAAUGUAUCUAAAUGAAUGAAUUAGAC